CAACAAAACCCCACCCAGUUUUAUAGGGGUGUCUCUAUUGGCCUGUGUGUCUGUAGAUCCGUUCCCUCUUUAUUUGGCUCGUCCCAUUGGUCGGCGGUGACGACAAUCCCGAGACGUGCUCCCGCCCACCGAGCGGAUCAAGUUUGAAUGAACAACAGCAGUCUGUUCUAGAGGUGGUAGUUGCAUUUGCAGUAAAUAUUAAAAGUGUGCAUCAUAUCGCGGGUGCGCUGAUCAAGGAUGGACAUGAAGAGAAGAAUUCAUCUAGAGUUGCGGAACCGCACUCCGUCAGAUGUCAAAGAACUUGUUCUAGACAACUGUCGGUCAAAUGAAGGAAAGAUCGAGGGUCUAACAGACGAAUUUGAGGAGCUGGAAUUUCUAAGCACAAUCAAUGUUGGACUGACGACAGUUGCCCUCUUGCCGAAGCUAAAUAAACUCAAAAAGCUUGAACUCAGUGAUAACAGGAUCUCAGGAGGGUUGGAAGUUCUGGCAGCGAAAUGCCCCAAUCUCACACAUCUCAACCUCAGUGGCAACAAGAUUAAAGACCUCAGCACAAUAGAUCCAUUGAAAGAAUUGGGGACCCUGAAAAGCCUAGAUCUGUUUAACUGUGAAGUGACAAACCUGAACGAAUACAGAGACAACGUAUUCAAGCUACUACCCCAGCUCACGUACCUGGACGGAUACGACAAAGACGACAAAGAGGCACCAGAUUCUGAUGCUGAGGUCUACCCAGAGGGCUUGGAUGACGACGACGACGACGAAGACGAUGAGGAGGAGUAUGAUGAAGAUGCAGCACCAGGAGAAGAGGAGGAGGAAGAAGGAGAGGAAGAAGAAGAAGAGGAGAAUGAAGAAGAGGAAGAGGAGGACCUCAGUGGAGAGGAGGAAGAGGAGGAAGAUUUGAAUGACAAGGAGGCUGACGAUGAUGCUGAAGAAGAAGAGCAAGGUCAGAAGAGAAAAAGGGAACUGGAUGAAGAAGGGGAGGAGGAUGAAGACGAUUGAGAGUCCUCUUGAAGCUAAGUUGUCAACUGUUUUAAACUUGUAUCUCCCAGUCACUUUCCCAACAACCCCAUGUAUUUUUCCCCCAGUUUCAUAUUGCAGUAGGAGUGGUUUUUGUUAUUGGCCAGUCAGGUAGACGGGGUUGUCUGGAGAAAUACGUUAAAUUUAUGUACCUUUGAUGCUCCCGUGUUACAGUCCACUUUUAACUGCUUCGUGGACAACGAUUUUGUAAUAUCAAAUAAUAGCAAAGAUAAACCUUUUUAAGAAAUGUUUUUCUGUUCUCACGUUUGUGUAAGACCAGUUUCUGAUGACUUGUGUAUUUUAAGACCCCCCCCCCCUUCAAAAGAAAAAAACCCAAAAUUAAACAAAAAGAGUGCAUGUAUAAUACAUUAUAAAGUCAACUACUGGAUUUCAUGUAUGGCUGUCCUCUCUUCGUCUUAAACUUUAUUUUUGCAUUGAACUUUUUGUUUAUGUAAGUUAUGUAUUUGUAGUGUCACCAGUAUGCCAAUACUCUCUGCUGUCCUGGUGUGAAACUUCUGUCUGAACAUGCACAGUGUGACCCUCACAGGGCAUAUUUUUAAAUCCUAGCAAAAAAAUGUCUGCCCUUGUCAAAGCCGCUCCUCCUCCUUAAACCCUCAGCUUUGAUAGUUCGGAAAUUACGUGUUCUUGUAAAUAAUGACCAAAUCUAUUUUUUUGUAUUCUCUUUGAUGAUGGCAGACAUUGAACAGACAUCUGAGGUGAAACUUUGACUUGUAAUAAGAUAUUAAAUAUGUAUGCUGCUUUUAUCUAAAAUACGCAGUGUGAAAUUUCUUGAAUUUGAACAUAACUUUGUAUGCGUAAUCUUUCCAUAAAGAGAAAUGUUCAACAUCAAAACUCAUUAUUGCUUUUCCCAUGUUUUCUUUCUGUGACACACAGGUGGCAAUGUUUGAAUUUGUGGUGGUAGUGUAGAGAAAUACAUGAGGUUACAACUGCAACUUAUGUGCAUCGAAAAUGUAUUGUUUCAAAGUGUAAACUCUGGAAAACAGUCAGUUAUUUGGACUUUGUUUUCACUAUUAUACGUACUGGUCAAAUUGGCCUACCUCAGUGAUUUUUCACUCCAUGUUAAAUCCACUGUCAUCAGCCAAAUUGUUUCUUUUCCCUCCCAUUCACUUCAAUAAAUCCCUUUUAUAUAUG